AAUUCACUUACUUACUUUAUAAAUGCAAUAAACCCAAGCAAUAACUGCUAACUAAUUCAUUGAAUAAUCCACUUAAUAAUGCAUAGUAAUGUAUUAAAGUCUCUGAUAAUGUGUUAUUUAGUCAUUAAAUAAUGUGUCACUAUGCAUUUACUUAAGUUAAUAAAGGGACUCUUCUUCUAAAGUUUUACCUACAUUUCUUGGAGGUUCUUGGUAUGUUUUUGACUGCUGUUUUCUGAACUUGACCACUCCUUGUGUAAGCCCGAACACUGAAGAGCAAAGAAAUCAUUCAUCUUCUUUCUUAAAAUAGCAAACCUGCUUUUGGCUUGUUGCUUUGGGGGCAUCAGGCCUUCCCAUUUACGCACUGUAUGAAACUAGAAAAACGUGUUGAUCCGGAUUCACAGGUGGAAAUAAUAGAGAAACAAGCAGGUGUUUCAGUGAGCUGCAGUUAUUGAACUUCUCUUCUGGCUUGCAUCGACUUGUUUUUUUGUUGUUUGCUUUUUUUUGUUGUUCUUUUUUUUUUUGUUUGGCUCAAAAUGACGAUAAAAACUUUUGAAAUUCAGUACAACUCUAUCAACAGCAGGAACACCUUUACAAAUGGAGACACCAUGACUGGGAAAGUGAUUUUGGAGACGACAAAGGUACUGAAAAUCAAAUCGCUUGUUUUCAUUGGCAAAGGAAGAGCUCGAGUUUGCUGGCGGGAGAACCACGGAGACAACCAUCAUGUAUACUGGGCUAAUGAGAAAUUCUACAGCAUCAAACAUCAUAUAUUGGCAGGCACUGAAUUCAUUGAAAAAGGAAGACAUGAGUUCGUAUUUAGCUUCAAGAUACCUGAGAAAGAUAUGCCGUCAACUUUCAACUCACCUGUUGGCAAAGUCAUCCAUAAAGUGAAGGCCGAGCUGAAACAGUCGAUGAAAUUGAGAAAAAAAGCCAAAGCGCACUUCACCUUCGUGUCCAAACCAAACAUGGAUUUAUUGCAGGAACCUCAAAGUGGAUGUCAGGACAAAAACAUAUCUUCGGGGUUUGGAAAUGUUUCUCUGGAUGUUCAUACCCCGAAGAGGGGUUACAUGCAAGGUGAGGAUCUGACUUUUAAGGUUGAAAUCAAAAAUUGCUCAACGUGUUCAGUGAAACCCAAGUUUGAACUGUACGAGAAGAGGAGCUACUUGGCCCAGGGUCACCGAAAACUGGAAACACACACAAUUCUUACCGGCAGAAUCGAUGAUGCCUCCUCUCAGGAGUCAGGGCAUGUAUUCAAGACCGUCAGCAUCCCUGCACAGCUGCCCCCCUCCAUUCUGAACUGCCCCAUCAUAAAGCUGGAAUACCGGCUGUGGAUCUAUCUGGACAUUGAAUUUGCUAAAGAUCCUGCGGUUAAACUCCCUAUUGUCAUCUUACCCAUGUUUCACCCUGAAGGAAUACCUCCAGCGAACAUUGUCAAUGGAUUUGAUGCACAACAAACAGGCUUCGGCUUUCCACAGCAACCAGGCUCGGCCUUUACGUGGCAACUAAACUCGGGUUUUGCACCACAGCCCAACCCAGGCUUUGCACAGCAACCAGGUUCAGGCUUUGCACGGCAAUUAAGCCUGAAUUUUCCACCUCAGCAAGGCAUGGGCUUUGCACCACAACC